UUACCUCUGACCAAAUCCAGGAAUGAGCUCGGCGGGGAGGGACUUUGUAUUUAUACUGCGUGACGAUUUUUGCGUCAUUUCGAGCGUUUUUCCUCCCGUUUAGCCGAAAACAAAAUGGCGUCUGUUCGACCUCUACUGCCCCACCAAAGUCAUAAUGGCGCAGCUCUCAGUUUGUAGCCCUGGCCGUGAAUUACUCCCUGAAUAUCAAUCCAAAAUAACAUAAUUUAACACAAAAAAAGAAAAUCAAGAAUAAAUCAAAAGAUGGCUGCCUCCAUGCAAGGCGCCGUGAAGGCUUUCUGCCGUCUAUCGCCUUCAAUUACUCUCCCAUUCCGACAGUAUCAGACCUGUCUGCAGAGGUUACCUGUGAGGUUACCUGUGAGUGUACCUGUCAGACCAGGUGUGUGUCACCCUCCAUGUCGGUUCUAUAACACAGCGGACUCCGUGCAGGAUGAAGGAGCGGCUCAGGCUACUGAGAACCUGUCCAGGUACAAAGACCGUCCCUGGGAUUACCUGGACAGUGAAGAGUACACAGACAGGUAUGGAUCCACUCCAGUGUGGACCGGGUAUAGGAGGAACCAUAAAGGAGGGAUUCCGCCGCAGAAGACCCGCAAGACCUGCAUUAGAGGAGAGAAGAUCUGUGGGAACCCCUGCCCAAUAUGUCGGGAUCCAAACAUUAUCGUCCAUCACCAGAAUGUGAAGCUGUUGCAGCAGUUCAUCAGCCCACACACUGGACAGGUGUUUGAUCCCACCAGAACAGGUGUGUGUAUGAAGCAACAGAAGAAGCUGAACCAGGCGGUCGGUGCAGCCAGAGAUCAUGGUUUACUCCCCUUUCAGAUCCCUCACGUGGAGUUUGCAGGAGAAGACUACUCCAACUCCCAUGAUGCAGUGGGCUCCACCCCUUCUCCCCCCUUGCUGACCUCAGGUGACAGCUGGUACACCUGGUACGGUGACAUAACACCUGACGAGAAGGAAGUGUCGAAGGUGAGGAAGCUGUACAGAGCGUACCUGAAGAGAUGAAGAGGAGGAGUGAUGAAGAGCUGAUGAUGGGUGUGACUUCAUGCUGUCUGGUAGCUCUGCUGUACAUAUGAUGAUGAAGAUGAUGUGUGAAUAAACAAACUGUUGAUCAGCAGUUGA